AAAUGCGGUGGGAGUUUUUUUUUUUCCUUCGCAAUACCAAAAUACAUGGUGCAAGCUAUGAGAAAUAAUUAAAAGUGAGAGGUUCUAGUACCUAUCAGGAUGGUGACAAUACUCACGAGAGGCUAGCGGUAAGCGGUUUCACGUAUAACGAUGAAAACUAUAGGCGAGUUUUGGGAAAUAAUUUAAAGCGGGAGGUUUUUGGUACAUAGCUGAAAAUGCAAGCGGCCAUAUAGAAGAAUACCUUCAUUCUCUUCUCUUCUAGGAAUCCAAACCGGUACAACCGCCGGUCCGGUCUGGUCCGGUUUGAAAACUCCGGAGUCUGUUAGAACACAAGCUCAUUUCAGUCUCCUCCCAAAAUCCGACCUCUUCCACCUUCGUCCAUCUCCGAAAACCCUAGAAAAGACAAACAUUAGAACAAAACCCAAGAAGAAGAAGAUCAAAACUUAGUUUUCCUCUCUCCAUCCAUGGCAGCAGCUACUUCGUCUCCAUCUCUCCAUCGUCUCCCAUCUUCCCCUCUCCAACGGCUCUCCACCUUCAAAGACCGCUCAUCUACUCUCCCUUCUAUCACCACCACCACCACCACCACAUCUACUCCGUCAUCUGCUUCUUCCUCCCCUCUCGACGCAUUCUCGUCCGAUCCCGUCUUCUCCGUUUUCCUCUCCCCCGACUUCGAUUCCACUCGCUUCUCCUCCCAAGCUCUCAGCUCCGGCUCCGCUGCCGCCCGUGCCGAGAAGCUCGAGGACGGCAUUCGCCUACUCGAGAAGCAGCUCCGUUCUGAAGUCCUCUCCCGCCAUGAUGACCUCCUCGCCCAGCUCUCCUCCCUCAAAGACGCCGAGUCCGCCCUCUCCGUCGUCCGAUCCGGCAUCUCCACCCUCCAAUCCUCCGUCCGCCGCAUCCGCCACGAGAUCGCCGAUCCCCACCGCCAGAUCCGUACCAAGACUGUCCAACUCUCCAACCUCCACGCCACUGCCGAGUUCCUUCAGUUCACUGUCCGCGUCGUCCGGCUUUCAAAGAAGCUCAAGGAUCUGAUGGCCUCUGCCGGGGCUGAGUCUGAGAGAUUGGACAUUGCCAAGGCGGCGCAGCUGCAUCGUGAGAUCGAGAGCAUGUGUAAGGAGAAUGGGCUCUCAGGGAUCUCGGUCAUUGACGAGGAGAUGGUGUGGCUGGCGGAGACUGGGACCCGGCUCCGUGCGGAGGGGAUGAAGGUUUUGGAUAGGGGUAUGGAGGGGUUGAAUCAGGCCGAGGUUGGCAGCGGUCUGCAAGUUUUCUACAAUUUGGGGGAAUUGCGAUCGACUGUGGACGGAUUGGUUAACAGGUACAAGAACCAGGCGGUGAAGAGCUUGAGUUCUGCUUUGGAUAUGAAAGCUAUAUCAGCGGCAUCAUCAGGGAAUUUUGGCCCGGGGGGGAUACACAGGAGUGGGACACCUCAGAUUGGUGGGGGGUCUAAAGCAAAGGAGGGGCUUUGGCAGAGGAUGGGAAGUUGUAUAGAUCAGCUGCAUUCGAUCAUGGUGGCUGUCUGGCACUUGCAGAGGGUACUGUUGAAGAAACGGGACCCAUUCACGCAUGCCCUGUUCCUUGACGAGGUCUUGCAGGAGGGUGAUCCUAUGCUAACAGAUCGAGUUUGGGAAGCACUUGUGAAAGCCUUUGCGAACCAAAUGAAGUCUGCUUUCACUGCAUCAAGUUUUGUCAAAGAAACAUUUACUUCAGGCUUCCCUAAACUCUUCACCAUGAUAGAGACUCUUCUUGAAAGGAUUUCACGGGACACUGAUGUCAAAGGGGUCCUCCCAGCUAUCACAUCAGAAGGAAAAGAUCAAAUGGUUGCUGCGAUUGACAUAUUCCAGACGGAAUUUAAGAAAGACUGCUUGCGCCGCCUUUCAGAUCUUGUUGAUAGUGUGUUUCCAGUAUCUGGUCGGGGAAGUAGUCCCUCAAAAGAGCAGAUCUCAAAAAUUAUUUUACGCAUUCAGGAAGAGAUUGAAGCUGUUGAACUAAAUGUGCACUUGACUCUCAUUGCCUUACGUGAAAUUGGCAAAGUCCUGAUCCUGCUGGGCCAAAGAGCUGAAUUCCAGAUAACUGCCGGUCCUGAGUCUCGUCAAGUAACAGGUCCUGCAACUCCGGCACAAGUGAAAAACUUUGCUCUAUGUCUACAUCUGCAAGAAGUUCACACACGCAUCUCAUCUAUGGUGUCUGGGUUACCAGAUUUUGCUGCAGAGGUCCUAUCUCCGUCUUUAGGUUUCAUAUACGGUGUUGCAUGUGACUCUGUGACCUCUGUAUUCCAAGCCAUGGUCGAUCGUCUUGAGGGUUGCAUCUUGCAAAUCCAUGACCAGAACUUUGGUGUUCUGGGUAUGGAUGCAGCUAUGGACAACAAUGCAUCAGCUUACAUGGAUGAAUUGCAGAAGUGUGUAGUUCACUUCCGCACUGAGUUCCUAUCAAGACUGUUGCCUUCAUCUCCAACACAUUCUGUCAAUACAAGUUCGGAAUCCAUAUGCAUGAGGCUUGUCAGGAAAAUGGCUUCUCGUGUUCUGAUUUUCUUUAUCAGGCAUGCUGCUCUCGUGAGACCUCUUUCAGAGUCUGGCAAGCUUCGGAUGGCAAGAGACAUGGCCGAGUUGGAGUUAGCAGUAGGUCAGAAUUUGUUCCCAGUAGAGCAGCUAGGUGCACCAUAUCGUGCCCUCCGUGCAUUUCGACCUGUUCUCUUCUUGGAAAUAUCUCAGUUGGGGGAAUCUCCGCUUCUCCAAGAUUUGCCACCAAGUGUCAUACUUCAUCACCUUUACUCACGAGGACCAGAUGAGUUGCAGUCACCGUUGCAGAGGAAUAGGCUUACAUCUUUGCAGUACUCACUGUGGUUGGAUUCACAAGGAGAGGAUCAGAUUUGGAAAGGCAUCAAAGUGACUCUUGAUGAUUACGCCGCAAAGGAGAGGGCACCUUCGAUAGUGUUGUUCUUGCCUUUGAUUUUGUCCUCUAUUGAUGCUAUGUAGGCAUCAUGCAGUCCAUGGCCCGAUCAGAUAUGCAUCCCACUGAAACCGCAGCAUGGAUUUUUUCCAGUCAUUUUUCUGGUCCGUCUGGCCCGAGCAUUGCAUGAUUGGAUGGAGAAUAGCUCUUUGCUAACUCUACUGGUAGAAGUUUCAGAGAUUUAUCAUUAGCUAGGUGUUUCCACGGACUUUUGUUGAUAUAAUCAAAGUUGCAUGGGUUCAGUGCAACGGUGCAGCAAAAUUGCUUUCAUACCAGGCUGUGACGGUUCCAGUACAGGUCUGCCAGGUCAGCUUAUGCUUGAUUCUCUUUUGGUUGUCUUUCCAAAUUCUUGCCCAGUAAUAGUAGAUAAGAUGAUGGAUAUAUGACCUGCUUGUGCUGGACUUCUGUCAGGGAGCAAUGGGUGAGAUUUUAACACAGUUUUCUUGUUAGCCU